AUGUCCACGGCUCUCUUCCCCCCGCCACGCAUGCCCUCGCCCCAGUACAAGCCCGCCCCGCUCCCCUCCCCGACAGGCAGGCCAGGCAUCCCCUGCCGCACCUCCCGCGACCGCCUCCACCUCCCACCCCAUCCAGAGGAGCCUCCCAUCCCGCCCCGACUCAUUGGCUCGCCCCUCCUCAAGAGGAUGACCGUCAGGCCCGACCAGCCGCACCUCCUCAGCUACAAGGCCCAGUCCGAGCUGUGGAUCGACGGCGAUGAGUUCGGAACGCGUAAGACAGAGAGCGCACAGACGUCCCCAGCUUCGUCCCCCUCUUCGCCCGCUCCUGUCUCGCCCAGACGGCCCGGGCACCGACGAACCCCCUCCAUCGUAGUCUCGUCGCCGCGAAAGCGAUCGCACUCGCCGCCCCCGAGCCCCAUGCCUGCAGCACCGCCCCCGCCAGUCCCGCCGAUCCCCUCGUCCGCACUCGCGACCCCAGGGGCCAAGCGUGCCACCCUGCGCUCUCCGCCAACGGGCUACUCGCAGGUGCACAUCCCGGACAUCGAUCACUCAUCGCCGCUGGCGCCCACCUCCCAGCCAAAACGCACUAGGUGGGCUCGCAAAGCACCUUCUGUUCGCGGCCUUCAUUGA